AUGGCAUCUGCCGAAGUUGCCAACCCUGCCCACACAGAAGCACCCCAUCAAAGACGCCAGAUCGCAAAUCAGUCCGCCACAAAGGUAGAUAGCAUUGAUGGUCUAUCAGACUCAGACGACCAGUAUGCCACCUACAAAAAGCUACAGCGUCAAUUAGAAUACAUCAAGCUGCAAGAGGAAUACAUCAAGGAUGAACAGCGAAGCCUGAAGCGGGAGUUGGUACGCGCACAAGAGGAAAUCAAGCGGAUACAAAGUGUCCCACUUGUCAUCGGACAGUUCAUGGAAGCGAUUGACCAAAACACCGGCAUUGUGCAGUCAUCGACUGGAAGCAACUAUGUGGUCCGCAUCCUCAGCACCUUGGAUCGGGAGCUGCUGAAACCUAGCUCAAGUGUGGCGCUCCACCGACAUUCGAACAGCUUGGUCGACAUCCUUCCGCCGGAAGCUGAUAGCAGCAUUGCGAUGUUGGGAGCGGAUGAGAAGCCGGAUGUGUCAUACGCAGAUGUCGGAGGUCUCGAUAUGCAGAAGCAGGAAAUUCGCGAAGCGGUGGAGUUGCCGCUCACACAAUUCGAUCUCUACAAGCAAAUCGGUAUCGAUCCGCCCCGUGGUGUACUUCUCUAUGGUCCUCCUGGAACAGGCAAGACUAUGCUGGUCAAGGCGGUUGCAAACAGCACCACAGCGUCGUUCAUUCGAGUGGUUGGUUCGGAAUUCGUUCAGAAAUAUCUUGGAGAAGGACCACGUAUGGUCCGAGACGUCUUCCGUAUGGCUCGGGAAAACAGCCCUGCAAUCAUUUUCAUCGACGAGAUCGAUGCUAUUGCCACAAAGCGUUUCGAUGCACAGACCGGUGCCGACCGAGAAGUUCAACGUAUUCUGCUGGAGCUUCUGAACCAGAUGGACGGUUUCGAUCAGACCUCUAACGUCAAGGUUAUCAUGGCCACCAACCGAGCAGACACACUAGACCCCGCUCUUCUACGACCAGGUCGUCUUGACCGAAAGAUCGAAUUUCCUUCCCUUCGUGACAGACGUGAGCGUCGUCUCAUUUUCUCCACUAUCGCGUCCAAGAUGAGCCUGUCACCCGAGGUGGAUCUCGACUCCUUGAUCGUCCGCAACGAUCCACUCUCCGGUGCCGUGAUUGCAGCAGUAAUGCAGGAAGCCGGUCUACGCGCUGUCAGAAAGAACCGCUACAAUAUCAUCCAGCAAGAUCUGGAGGAUGCAUAUACCAGCCAGGUGAAGGGUGCGAGCGAAGCUGACAAAUUCGAUUUCUACAAAUGA